AUGGCUUUCUACAACAGCUGUCGAAACGUCCGACUCGAUGGAUCAACCCUCAGGGCGGACUGCCAGGACAAGAAUGGCAGUUGGAGACAGUCCGAGAUCAACCUCAACGAUUGCAUUGGUAACAAGGAUGGAUACUUCAACACCAGCCAAAACAGAUUCUUCGAGACUGCUAGAAACGUCUCUCUGAAAGGCUCAGCCUCCACGCAACUAUGCAAGACAGUUAUGCAAACGGUUGACCUCAACCUCUUCAUCACCAACGACGACGGACAUCUCAAGUUCAAGCAGUACAUGCACGAAUCCAUCCUGAAGACGGGCUCCUUCUACCACCUCGACGGCCCGAUCCUGCGCGGUCUCGUCCUGGGGUAUAACGGCAAGUUCAAUGUGACGGAAAUCGACCUGAACGAAUGCUACGCCAACAAGAACGGCUCGUUCCAGUCCGACGACAACCACUUUUACAACUCGUCCCGGAACCUGAGGCUCGUGCCGUCGCCUGGCGCGCUCACACUUGAGGGCGAGCUGAGGAACUGGUACAAUAGCUACUCGAAUGCUUCCGUCAACUUGGCCAUUUGCAUCAUGAACAAUGAUGGCAAGUUUCAGUUUGUUAGGCACGACGGCUUCUGGGACCGCGACGGUUGGGCCGCCAAAACCUUCGAAGGCGUGCCCCUACUCGGCUUCGUCGUCGCAGGCAUCCACGAGAUAGCCGGUAACCACGAGCACGCCGCGCGCGCCCUCGCCAAAUGCGCAAACAGCUCCGUCGUCUGCGUCGGCGUCGUCAUCGGCUUCAUGCUCGGCGAGACUAUGGGUUCCGUCAUCGGCGCCGGCAUCGCCACGCCCAUUGGCAUCUGGAUUGAAACGGAAAUCAAGGACCACCUGAUCGAAGACCCCAUGUUGCUGGCGCAGUUCGAGGAGGCUACCCUCGGACGGUAUAUUGGCGAGACUUUGUUGAACAUGGGCAUGGCGGCUAUCCCCGGUGAUCCGAUUGCUAAUAUAACCAAGGGGGCGGGCAAUGAGGCGUUUAAGCAGACUCUUGGGAUCGCGGUGAAGAAUUAUACUAGGCAGGUGGUGGCGGGCAUGAGGUCCAGUGUGGCGACGACGGAGGUGGAGGAGAAGGUCAAGAUUUUGUUGAGCGGUAUCGGUGACCUCAUCAAGGGCGAUGCGCCAUCCAGCUGGUCGGAUGCGGAGGAGAAGGUCAAGAAGGUGUUGAAGGAGAGGGGCGCUCAGUUGGCGAAUACCCCGCCGAUGGUUAACUUUCACAUUUGA